UUGAUCUCCUAGCCUGUCGAAGUGGCUUCUCCCGGAUGCGAUUCAGAGCAUGCAAAAGCAUCACGUUUUGACCUUCUGGUUUCGUUUCAUGCGGUAGUCUCGGCAAUGCAUCUGGGGAAAUGAAAGCUUGGCCGUUGAGGCUGGGUAGAUGAAGUCGUCAUCCCUUCCUGUAGCUCUGAACGUGGCUAAGCAUGAUCGUCUGAUUUGAUUAGGAUCUGAUCCAGUCUGUUUAUGCGCCAGGUACCCGGAGGCUCAUCGCUUCUUUCAACGUCCAUGUCCGUGAUGCAUGCUCGAAUCGAGAUACCGGACGGAAAUAUCCAUGUCCUGCUUUUGCGGGGCAUGGAUAACAGGAACAAGUAUAAACUGCUACGAUCUCUUUGCGGUUGACGAUCUUUUUGUUUCUGCACCCUCGCUGUCAAUUACAACUCGACAUCAUGGCUGUACUUUCAAGACUUCUUGCAGGCCUGUUGGCUACUGUUGCUGUUAAUGCAACUCCAUUUACUCUGCAGAAUCGAGGAACUAUUGCUUCUGAUGAGAUUGUUGGGUUUGCCCAAACAGUUCCCAGCGGGACCGUUGGUGAUGUGUAUUUGGCAUACCAGCCAUAUCUUUAUGUUGUGAAUGGUUGCGUUCCGUUCCCUGCAGUCGAUGCUGAAGGAGAUACCAAUGCCGGGCUUGCCACCACCGGAGCCUCAAAUGGUGAUUGCAGCAGCAGCACUGGGCAAAUCUACGUCCGAGGAACGACGUAUGACGAUUAUUACGCUCUCAUGUAUUCUUGGUAUAUGCCCAAAGACGAGCCCUCUGAUGGAUUGGGGCACCGACACGAUUGGGAAGGUGUGAUUAUCUGGUUGACCUCCUCCACCGCCACUACCGCAGCAAACAUCGUAGGCGUGUGCCCUUCUGCGCACGGCAACUGGGAUUGCUCAACUGACGGUUUCACUCUCUCUGGAACCGCAGCUCUGAUCGAUUAUGAAAGUAUCUGGCCUUUGGAUCACUCUUGUGGUUUGACGACCACAGUUGGUGGAACGCAGCCUUUGAUUGCGUGGGAGAGCUUGCCGACUGUUGCUCAGACGGCAUUGGAUGACACGGAUUUUGGAAGUGCGAUUGUGCCUUUCAUUGAUGCGCACUUCACGACUAAUUUGGCGGCCGCUACCUUUUGAUUUCGUUAGCAUACUGUGGAUGUCGAGAAGCAGGGGAUAGAAUUGUGUGGUGGAGAUGUUCACAUACGUACAUGCAUAUUUCGAGAAUGAAUAUAAUGAAAUCGUAAGAACAUGAAUAUAGAG